AUGACCUAAUAAUCGUCCCCGCUUUGAAGCAGCGGGAAGUCUCCCCUCCCCUGGGGUCAGUGAGGGCCGAGCCCCCGUGACCCUCCUCACCCCAUUGUGUUUUAUGCGUUUCCUGGGGGCGGGGGCGGUGUUUGUAAAGGAGGGGGCCAAAGGCGGUUUUCCCCAAAGUCCGGGUCUGCCCCCGCCCCCGUCCUCGUGGCCGCGGCGCCCGCUCCCGCCUUUAACCGAGCCCCGCCCCAGCACAUGGCCUCGGGCGGGGCCGCCGGGGCCGCGGCCUCUGAGGAGCCCAGACCCGCGAGUGCGCGCCUUCGGCGUGCACGCGUGCGUUUGUGCGCGUGCGUGCCGCCUUGACCAGGCCGCUUUGUUAGCUUAGGGCGCCACCUACCGGUGGGAAGCGGUCCGCGGCGAGCUCCCGCGGGGAAGGCGACGCUUUUACUUGGCCCUUAUUGUAUGCGGGGCGCUGGCUUGGUUGGAGCGAGAAACCCCCGUUCCUAUAGUCCCGGCAACCCUGCCGGGGUCCCACAAGAGACGGGCAGUGCAGGCAGAAAGGACCGGGGCGGGGGGGGGGGGUGUGAACCUCUGUAUCGACCCAAGUCUGCUGCAAAUCCUGAGACCCCAAACUCAACCAUCUCAAGAGAAGCCAGCACCCAAUCAUCAUCAGCCACAGCCAGCCAAGGAUAUGUUUUACCAGAAGGCAAAAUCAUGCCAAAUACAGUCUUUGUUGGUGGAAUUGAUGUUAGGAUGGAUGAAACAGAAAUUAGAAGCUUCUUUGCUAGAUAUGGUUCGGUGAAAGAAGUGAAGAUAAUCACUGAUCGAACUGGUGUGUCCAAAGGCUAUGGAUUUGUUUCGUUUUAUAAUGAUGUGGAUGUGCAGAAAAUAGUAGAAUCACAGAUAAAUUUCCAUGGUAAAAAGUUGAAACUGGGACCGGCAAUCAGGAAACAAAAUUUAUGCGCCUAUCACGUGCAGCCACGUCCUUUGGUUUUUAACCCUCCACCAGCACCACAGUUUCAUAGUGUCUGGAGUAAUCCAAAUACAGAAACAUAUAUGCAGCCUCCAGCUAUGAUGAAUCCCAUCACUCAGUAUGUCCAGGCAUAUCCUCCUUACCCCAAUUCACCAGUCCAACUCAUCACUGGAUAUCAACUACCUAUAUAUAACUAUCAGGUACCUCCACAGUGGCCUGCUGGGGAACAAAGGAGUUAUGUUAUACCUCCGGCUUAUACAGCUGUGAAUUAUCACUGCAGUGAAGUAGACCCAGGAGCUGAAGUCCUGCAGACAGAGUGCUCCGUCCAUGAGGUCACACAGUCCUCCGGGAAUGGCCAACAAAAGAAAUCUGUGGACCGAAGCAUACAGACAGUGGUGUCCUGUUUGUUUAAUCCAGAGACAAGACUGAGAAACGCUCUUGUCACACAAGAUGAUUACUUCAAGGUUAUAUCAAUAAUAGGAAUUUUUCACUGAAGUAAAUGGAAUAUGUAUAUUUCUUCCAGGACAAAAGAGUACAUCACUUUAGAAGAAGUAGGGCUGUGCUUAAAUCCGUUUGAAUCCUCUCUGCUGAAGCUUCCAGUGUUGUGGACAAUAGUUACUGUUUUUGAGUAUUACGAAGAUACAGAGAGUUCCUGUUUUCCACUAUUAUGGAAAGUUAAUUCUGAAUUUUUUUGACAACUUAUUGCAAGACUUUCUGUGCAAGUUGUGUUAAUUUUCUUAGUAUGUUGUGUUUAUUUUGCAUUGAAACUAUUCUACUUUGGAUAUUCACUUAGUAAUUGGUUCUAUGUUGAGUUCACAGUUGAAAGGGAAAAGCAGUUGAAGUGGACAGGUAUAACUUUAGGGUUUACAUGUUAGUGCUUCAACUGGUACUGAAAUGUUUUUGAGACUUUAAAAGGCAAAUGUUGGUUUUCAAAAUUUUGCUUUAUAGAAACUUAGUGUUUUGAAAGGUCAGAAUUUUGACAGUUUGACUGUUCUUAGCAUUUAAUCUCCACCAAAUACCUCUUCAGCAGUACGAUAUAUUUACAAUACAAUGCUUUGUGUUUGUAAUUUAAUUUUAGAAAUUUACCACAGAAGCAGACUUUUUAAAACUGCGUUUUUAAUCAGUGGAACCAAAUAUAUAAAGUUGUAGCUUAAUUGAAGACUUCCAAUUCUAAACCCAGUAUUAUAUAGCAGAUUCUCUACAGACAAUCCAAUCAUUGGGUGUUAUGUUUAUUAGUUCAAUUUUGCUUACAAAGUACCUGGAGUCCAACAAUAGAUAAUUGAUUGGGAUGGCAAUUAGGGUAAUUCAAAUUCUGGAUGUAAUUUUAAAAACCGAUACUAACCAAACCUUACUAGAUACAUAAGCUUCUCAGUGGGUUACUUUUGUUUUUCUUUCUUCCUUUUUUCUUUUUAUUUCUUUUUUUUGUGUUUUUUACUGCUAAAACUUACUUCAAUAGCUAUAUCUAAAUUGUGCAAAAUAUUGGCAUUAAAAAGGAUGCUGAAGCUUUUUUUUAUGUCAUUUAAAGGUUAAUCAGAGUAUUUGAAAGGAAUUGCUUUUAUAAAAAAAAACCUAAUUUUAGUUAUUUGUCAUGGAACAAAUAAAUUUUAUUUUUGUUUGUUAA